AUGACGGCGCAGAUACUGGCUUCGGAGCUGGGAAAUCUGAUCCAGGAGAGCAAGAGAAAACAUACGGAGCUGAGAAAUGCAGCGGAGAAGUCGCUCGAGGAGCUCAAAGGACUGCGUUCCACAUCUGAAGCCCAGAUUGCUGCUGAUCUCACGCAACGGCCCAACUUCGUAACGCCGUUCCUCAUAGCCUGUGGAACCAAGAAUGUGAAGUUCACAGGCAUAGCUGUCGUAUGUCUUCAAAGACUCGUCGUAUCACGGUCUCUGCCCAGAUCACGCCUGAGGGAAGUGCUGGAGGCGUUCAGAGAAGCUACUUCGGCCGGACUUGAUGUCCAGCUUAAGAUCCUCCAGGCGCUGCCAUCGUUGUUGCAGAAUUAUGCGGAUGAUCUGAAGGGCGACUUGAUAGCUGCAAGUUUGAAUAUAUGCACGAUUUUGCAGGCGAGCAAGAAUGCUAUCGUGAAUAAUACAGCGGCUGCAACUCUACAGCAGCUAGUUGUUAGUGUGUUUGAUAAAGUUGUGGCAGAGGACAAAAUCGCUCUUGAAGUUCCGACUGUUGGUGAAGCCCCUAUCGAAGAUGGGACUGUGCGACUUCGCGCUGCGGCGCUGGAUGCUUACCUGGUCUUCAAUGAUCUGUGUCUUUUGACCGAAUCGCAAAAGCCUCAGUUCUUGAAAUCUGCUGGAUUACCGCAGACUUUUGGCCUCGAACUGAUCGAGUCGGUAUUGACCAAUCAUGCCACGGUUUUCUUGGACCACCCUGAGCAAGCAAACAUCCUUCGAGUCAGGGUGAUGCCAUUCAUCAUCAGUGCUCUUUCAGAGAAGCUCAACUUUGCAGUCACGGUCAGAAUCGUUCGUAUUCUGUACACACUUCUCAGGAAUCAUUUAAGCAUCCUGACCGCCGAAGGAGAAAUGUCACUUGGUCUCCUAACACAUAUGCUGGACCACGAUACUGCGUUAUGGAAACGCUCUCUAUGUAUGGAAGCUUUGAGGGGUAUAUUCUCCGAUGCGGCACUUGUUCGACGUAUAUUUGCCAUGUAUGAUGCUCAAGAUGGACGGAAAGAUAUUUUGCGCGACCUAGUUGCUGCAUUCGUCAGACUGAGUACGGAAAAGCCGUCAGUCAUAGGCCUAGGGUCUCAAUCCACAAUUCCGCCGACUGGUCAAGACAACAGUUCUGGCUCAGAUCAAGCAAUGCUCGAAGCCAGUGGUGUCAGUGGAAUCAUAAGUACCUCUGUCGGCUCAAAUGAGCCGCCUGUUGGAGUAAGCACUCAGUGGAGUACGAUGAGAGUGCCGUGUAUUGAUCAGCUGGACAAAACUGAGCCGCCUGCAGUCCCGGAGUCUUACAUUUAUAACCUGACCCUGGCUUGUAUCAGCGGAUUCUCCGAGGGGCUUGCCAAGUUCAUCCUGCCUUUGACAGUACCAGAGAGGCCUCGGAAGAAAACACGACAAUCAGAAUUCGAAUCGUCGGAUUCCGUUCCGGGGAGUCCUGACCCUAGAAUGAAGUUGGAAAGGCGAACGUCGAUAAAGAAGAAUCCCAUCCCGGUAAAUCCGCUGACUCUUGAGGAUCAUCCUCUGUACGAGGAAGUCAAGAUAUGUGCUGGAAUUGUGGAUAAUUGCUGGCCGGCGAUACUGGCCACAUGCUCUACUUUCCUCUACGCAGCGUUGGACUCCGAGUACUACCACGGUCUAGUGAGAUCGUUUCAGAAGUUCACUCAUGUCGCUGGACUUCUCCGUCUUGCUACCCCUCGGGAUGCAUUCUUGACGACACUAGGAAAGGCGGCGGUACCCUCGAAUUUGUUGGCAGCGAACACGCCAACGGCGCCUGCACCACAAACACCAAGCGCGGAGAAGCAGAGCAUAUUCAGUAAUGCCAAAGGCCUGUUAAGUGUCGAUAGUUUGGUCAGUCAUUCAUCUGAACGUGGCCGACAACCGUCCGUCGACGCUGGACCAACUUCACUUAAUACCAGAAACUUACUUUGCUUACGAGCACUUUUGAAUCUUGGUAUUGCCCUUGGCCCCACACUGGACUCGGCAUGGGCAAUAAUUCUGGGCACCCUUCAGCAAGCUGAUCUGGUUUUGUUCUCCAGUUCAAAGUCCGCAAGAACUCCUACAGCGACCCAAAAGCCAGAAAGUCAGUCUUCUGCUGACGGAUCUGGACUAUUGGUCAACUUUGGGACUGAGAUCAAAGCUGUGGAGACAGCUGCUUCACGGCUACUUGAAAGUACCAUAGACUUCCCAAAUGAUGCCUUCGCAGAAGUCGUUGCUGCGCUGUGCGCAUUAUUUGGCAGAGAAGGGCCACAGAAACAUCAAGCAGAAGUGUCAAACGUGUCCGGUCCUCCCUCGCCAGAAGUUCGACGUCCUUCUCUUGGACACCAAAGGCUACACAGCAUUAACACGGCGCCUGCAACGCAGAAUCAAGAGGACUUGUUUGCUUUAGCGAAGUUGGGAGAUGUGGCAACCAUCAAUAUUGGUCGUCUGAUGAACUACGACCCUGAGACCAGUGGAUGGGCAAUGCUGACGUCCGAAUUGACGUCUGCUGCUUGCUCUCCAUCCACUCCAUCAUCGGUACGACUGAGAGCUGCAGAAAUCCUCGUUCGACUUGUUCUUGAAGCCGCAACUGCGACCUUGUCACUGCCUGACGAGCUACGGAGCGAUAUCCAGCUGCGUCUCCUUGAAACCUUGAAGAAGGCAAUUCUUCCAUUGGAGUCCAGUGAACGUACAAUGUCAGUGGCAAUCCAUGCAACCGAUGUUGAUGUCCACAAAGUUGUGCUGGAAGGCCUCAAGAGUAUCCUGGAGCAAUGCGGCGAGACCUUCGUCGUUGGCUGGGAUAUAGCUUUCAGUAUCAUUGGAAGUGUUUUUGUGAAGAACGAUGCUCCAGACGAAGGGACUGCUAAGGGAUCCAGAAUUUCAACAACGAGAUCAGCCAGGCUUAUUCGAUCGUCGUUCAAUUCUCUACAGCUCAUCUGCUCCGAUUUCUUGUCUUCGCUACCCAACUCUUGUUUUAUAAUACUCGUCGAUACUCUCUAUAAUUUCUGUACCCAGGACGAUGAUCUGAACAUCUCUUUAACAACUGUGACCUUCUUCUGGGUGCUAUCAGAUUUCAUCUCAGGUAGAACAAGUUCUUUCUCUCUGAGCCCCGAUCUCAUGACAGGGGUCAGCGACGAAACCCUUGUUAGCAUGGCUUCUGGGGACGACCUCGCAAUGUCCGAUGCAGCGCUUUGGAUGCUCUUACUCAUGCGGCUGACCGCCGUCACAACAGACGAGAGACUUGAGCUAAGGAAUAGCGCAAUCCAGACUCUUCUUCGCAUUUUUGACGCUUAUGGGGACCAGCUAAGCCCAGAAGCUUGGGCAAUGUGCCUCAAAACGGUCAUAUUCAGGCUUCUCUCAUCGAUCGAAACACAACUGCAGAUUACGCAUGAAGAAGAUUCAAGUGUAUCAGAUAAAGACAAAAGCGGCUGGAACGAAACCACAGUCGUUGUCUUGACUGGAAUUACCAACCUACUAGCAGAUUAUCUGGAUGUGCUAUCCAGCCACUCAUCGUUUGGCGAAUCCUGGCAAGCUCUACUCGGCCACUUCAAAGCAUUGCUAGACUUCAACAUACUAGAGAUCAACACAGCUAUCUUCAAAUCACUUCGGCAAAUUCUCUCUCGAGGUAACCUUGAGGGAAAUCCGAAACCCAACUUCGAUGGUCCUGCUCUUGACUUAGUCUGGAGCCUUUGGUCGACCUCUCUCCCAAUCGUCAAACCAGAUCCUUCUAACAAACGAUUCGACAAUCAGAAUUACUUGCUUGCUUAUUCAGCUGCGCUCCAAGAGCUAUAUCGGUUGAUAAAAGUCGAUAUCAACGAUGAGAAAGUUAGGAGAAUGCUCGUCUUACUAAGAGAGGCCAUCCAGCAAGCUAGUGCUGCAACAUACUCUGCAGACAUCGAAUAUCUGACACCCUUGCAAACACAGGUUUUGGAAUGUCUCAAGAUGAUCAGAACAGAUAUCGAAGGGGUUCCAGCGGCUCUCAUCGGCCAAGUUGCAGAGUUGGUUAGCCUUGCCUUCGAUCCCAGAGAUGCAGCUGACACACAACGGCCAACGUAUGUUGCAUUGUCAAAGGCCUCUAUGGCCCUGUCUGAAAGUUUAAUAAUCGCCCAUUCUUCUGACCAUGAUAUCUAUACCAGUGGAGCAUUAGCGUCUGCUCUCAACGCACUGGCACGUCCAAUCGUCCUAAAAUAUUCGUUCCCACUCGUCACGAGGAGUAUAUCGCCAUGGCGUCAAGCGACAACUUCAGCUCUCGCUAUCCUGAAAUCUAUCCUCCCUAUUCUUACGAAAGCCCCUAUCAAAGAAGAAAUUUCUCGUUCUCUGUGGAUAUCAAUUGUAACCAUUGGCAACGGCAUAACUGCUGCAGACUGCUCUUCCAUCCCUUCAACGGUCAACAUAUCAGCCGACCAAGAUUUCGACAUAGCGUCCUUCCUCACCAUCCGCGACCUCAUAACGCCUGCCCUCGGAUCCCCCUCUAUCCCUGACAAAACACGCAUGGCAUAUACCAGGUCACUCUUCCACAAAUCCCUUAUUCACACCCCACUACCAAACGAGCUUCCCCAACCGAAUCAAGAGCUCCUCUCCACACUCUAUCAAACUCGCAAAGGUCGGACCAUCGAUCCUGCGCCAUCUCCAAGAGCAAAAAUGAGUUAUGUCUGCAUGGAUACACUUUUUUCCCUCGUCGCUCUGCACGACAGCUCAGCUCCUAGGAUCAAGCUCGCACAAGCAGCAGCACCCUACCUCAUCCUUCGCGCAGGGCUCACUCUUCGUGCUUAUAUUGCGGAUCAGCCUCUUCGGGGUCGCAUGCCACAGCCGCUAUCUCAGCGGAGAGAGCUAUUGUAUCUUUUACAGGCGCUGGUCAAGUUGAGCUGCGAGCCAGAAGCGAUUCCUGAUUCGCCAGGUGUUGAGAGCGAGGGUAAGAAGCAUCUGUUUUGGUUGUAUCCAUUGUUAACAAAGGCCGUUCGGGCUGCGGCAAGGGAUACGGAGGUACUGGAGUGGGUGGGCAGGGCGCUGGAUGUUGUGGGUGGUGAGUUUGGUGUUGGUGGAUAA